CUCACUAUAAAAAGUUGAAGCAUUUAGGUCAUAACAAAUUUAUUCCAUAAAUACAUUCCCCAAAAAAAUGGCAUCAAGAGGAGCACAAUCCAUGAAUUCUAUGUAUUUUAAACCAAUGUUAAGAAAGGCUUAUCAUAGAAAAACCGGCUCUCCGGACACCGUUGCGGAUCAUACAAUAAAGUUGAAUGGUGAUGAGGCGGCGAAGCAUAAUCCGGCAGCCGGAAACGGUAACGGUAACGGCAGCGGAACCGGCAACGGCUGGUGGAUGCAAGAUCAUCGAACGGGAAUUUAUUAUCCAAAAGGACAAGAAAAAGUCAUGGAAGAUGUGCCAUCAGGGGCAAUGAAGGAAUUUCAAACCAUCAAUUGGUUUGAUUGAAUUUCAGCACUUUAAUCGCCGCUAUAUAUAUAAUUAUUAUGAAUAAUUUUAUAAAAUUAAUCAUGUGGAUAAAUUUUAUUUAAAAAAUUUAUAUAUAUGUGACAAUUUAAAAUUUAUAUUCGUAUUCAACUCAUUUUUUGAUUAAGCUGUCAUCAAAAUUAAAUGAAGUCAAAUCAAAUCAAAUUUAUGAGAAGCUCAUUUAUUUCAGCUUUAUU